AUGUCUCUUCCUCGUGUCAGCGUUUGUGGUCUUGGUGCCAUGGGCAUAGGGAUGUCCCGAAAUCUGCUCAAGAAGGGCUUCACUGUCUCGGGAUACGACAUCGUGCCUAAGCUUGUCGAUCGACUUGUUGAAAGUGGUGGAAAAGCAACCGCAAGUCCCAAGGAAGCCGCCGAGAACGCUGAUAUCCUCUUAGUUAUUGUCAUCAACUCCGUGCAAGUCUCGUCUGUCCUUUUCGACGAACAGAACGGUGCUAUUCAUGGAUUGCCGAAGAAAUCCGCUAUCAUUAUUUCGUCUACUGUUCCCGCCGCUUACGUGCGGGAGGUCCGGUCCCGCUUGGACGUUGACUUCCGUCGUCCUGAUGUUCGUUUGCUGGAUUGCCCUGUAUCGGGAGGAGCAUCCGGUGCUGCGGAUGGCACUCUAACUGUGUUUGCAUGUGGAACCGAUGAUGGAAUGUCGCUUGCAGAUCCGGUGCUCCGUGCGUUUGGCUCGAAGAUCUGCAGAAUCAAAGAUAGCUCCGGCCGUAAUGGAGACACUGGAUCUGGUGCCAACGGCAAAGUGUGUCACCAGGUUAUCCCCGAGAUCGCGAUUGCUCUGGUUGCGGAGAUCAUGGCACUUGCAGUUCGAGCGGGGUUGAAUACACAGGAAGUUUAUGAUUUCAUCCAGCGCGGCGAAGGUGCAAGCUGGAUCAUGAAGAACCGCAUUCCGCAUGCAUUGGAGGGGGAUGAGACCGUUUACUCUGCGAUGACCAACAGCCAAAAGGACUCGUCAAUUAUUGUUCGAACGGCUGCGGAGAAGUCAUUCCCAGUCCCUCUUGUGGCUUUGGCCGAGCAAAUUUACCAAACGACCGUGUACAUCGGCUGGGCUGGCAUGGAUGACUCUGCCCUCUGGAGACUGUUCGUCCGCGACUAUGCCGAUGACACCGUGCAUCAGCGGACGAAGGUGAAAGGCAGCACGCACAAUUAUGCUCUCAGUCUGCAGGAUAUUGUUGACAUUAUGAAGGGUGUUCAUUUGGUAGCUGCUGCAGAGUCUAAGGGAUUUACAAAAGCGAUCGGUUUGAAUGCGGAGCAGAUGCAUGACAUUGUUUGCGGAGCUGCUGGGUGGAACUUCCAGUUUGAGCAUUACGCACCAAAGAUGAAAAAAGGACCUUGGUAUUUGCAGGAGAUCCCAGAGGCCAAAGAGAUUGGCGCCAAGCUGGCACAGGCAGUCCGAAAGGCUAACGCAAUUGGUGCUCCCUUGCCCAUGUCGGCAGCAGCCGUGCAAAUAUUCGAGCUGCAGGUUGGUCCCUCUAUCAGUAGCAUAGAUCUCGGCCUUAGUAUAAAGAUCGAGCUUGAGUAA